UAUUUUGUCCCCUGAAAAUUGAAAAGAAAGAGUGAAGAGGGAAGAGAAAGAAAGAAAUGGCGUGGUUGAGCAAGAGCAUGAAAAUGGGAAAAUCAAGUUCAAGUGCUUCUCUUUUGAAAUCACUGUUAUGUCGUCCUCCACGCUCCUCCUAUUCAACUGCUAAAAGGUCAUCUAAUUCGUCUUUUAAGGAAACACACGACGUCGUAGCAGAAGCAGAAGAAGAAGUAGAAGCAGCGAGUGCGAGUUCUGGAAUCAGUAGGCCACUCUCUGAAAUCCUAAAAGAACUGAACAAGAGAGUGCCCGAUUCUCUCGUCAAAGUCCUUCGCUCCGAAAAUGACUUCUCCAUCAAAUAUGUUCCCUGGCAUGUUAUGAAUCGGAUUUUGAAUUUACAUGCUCCGGAAUGGUCGGGAGAGGUUCGAAGCAUAACGUAUUCAGCUGACGCCAAGUCUGUCUCUGUUGUUUAUCGUGUCACUCUCUAUGGGACAGAUGCUGAGAUAUAUAGGGAAUCGACGGGAACUGCUUCAGUUGAUGACACAGGUUAUGGGGAUCCUGUACAAAAAGCAGAAGCAAUGGCAUUUCGUCGAGCUUGUGCACGCUUUGGGCUUGGGCUUCAUCUAUAUCAUGAGGAUUUGUCUUAGCAAGAAGUUAGGCUUGUGCAAUGCAAGUCCGAAUUGUAUCUUUUUUGAUGUAGGGGAAAUCAUGCUAGAUGUGGAUUGGUUCUUUUUGUUGUCGGGAUCAAGAUGAUGGUUUUGGAAAGCUGAAGAAGCGGCCUAUUUUGAAUCUAGCAGACGUCUGAUAUUGAAGCAUCAGCCCGUGUUUAAUUAAGCAGUUGUUUAGUAGUUUGUGGUUGGAAAUAUUAGUGAUUUAAAUCCCUAAUAUAUCCAGUAUCUUUUGUAGUCAUUGUUGAAUCGCUCAAUCGGAUGAAUGUAAGCAUAUUUUGCUUCCUUAA